UACAGCCCGACUUCCGCUCCUGCUCCGGAAGCGUCAUGGUGGCUCUGUGCUCGCCGCUGCCCUGACUCCGAGCUCCGGGGGGGACCCGCACGCUUCGUUCAUGGUUGGCGUGGCCAGAAAACACAUCCGAGCCGACAAGGGAACCAGCUGGCAUUUCAGUAAGACUAUGGAGGAGCUUGUCCAUGAUCUUGUGUCGGCGCUGGAAGAAAGCUCCGAACAGGCCAGAGGAUGCUUCGCCGACACUGGCGAUCACUCCCGGAGCAUAUCGUGUCUCCUCAAACGACAAGCACGGAAGCGGAGAGGGAGGAAGAGGCGCUCCGAUAAUACCCAUCACCCAUGGGAGACAGGACACUGUCUAAGUGACGGCUCGGAAUCCAGUCUAGAAGAACAGAACAAGGACUAUCGAGAAUGUCUUGGUAAUAAUAAGAAAGACAGCGACUCGGAUGAUCAGCUGCUUCUGGCAAAGCGGAGAGCGUCCUCCAACAUCAACAGUAUACGCAGCAAAAGGCCUUUGUGGCACGAAACGGACCUGCUUGUCGAUGCCUUGGGGAGCAGGACCUUGCGGAGGAGAAGGAAAGUGAAGAGGAUGUCCAUAGACCCACCCGCAGAGGUCACCAGUACACUGACGCUCUCACAAAGCCUCGACCAGUCCAUGGACAAUGACACCAAACACUAUCAGCACCUGGAGAUGGCUAAGUGUAAAAUUAAGAAAAGGAAAAUUGCUCCUCCGAGGCACGGGCCUGAGAUUCCUGAUGAGGGCGUUGUGGUGGAAGGAGAAGACAUGGGCCACGGACACAAAGACAAGAUGGAGUAUGAGGAGCAGAAGGGCUCAGAUGAGAACAUGAGUGACAGCGAAUCCAGCAGUAUUAGCAGCAGCGACGCGGGAUUGUUUACCAACGAUGAGGGACGCCAAGGUGACGACGAGCAGAGUGACUGGUUCUAUGAGAGUGAGUCCGGGGGAGCGUGCGGCAUGACCGGGGUAAUCCCGUGGUGGGAGCAGCAAGACUCCGCUGACCUGGAGAGGGAGCUCCCUGAUCCCGUGUUUGAGAGUAUCCUGACCGGCUCCUUUCCCCUGAUGUCCCACUGCGCACAGAGAGGUUUCCAGGCGAGACUGAGUCAUCUACAAGCCCUGCAAGCAAGAAGCCUGCGGAAAUCGUCAUUAAACCCGAGUCCUCUGAUCGGCAGUCCUGGGGUAAGCGGUAACGACAGGCUUCCUCACUUCUCACAGGAUCCUCAUCACCACGACCAUUGGUUUAGUCCUGCGGCCAGAAAAGAUCACAGUCAGCUUCUACGCGAGACGCGUUCAGAUCGGGGCCACAAGAAAAACUGCUCAGUGAAAACCGCCAGCAGACAAACGAGUGUCCAUUUAGGAUCCUUGUUUAUGGGGGACAUCAAAAGGAGGAGAAAAGCGGCUCCGCUCCCAGGACCCACUGCGGCAGGUUUCAUAGGUGAAAGCGGCCAGCCAAUCCCAGACAGUAAUAUUGGUAACCGAAUGCUCCAGAGUAUGGGCUGGACCCCUGGCACAGGGCUAGGACCGGAUGGGAAAGGGAUCUCGGAGCCUGUACGAGCCCUACAGAGACCAAAAGGACUUGGGCUUGGUUUUAGCUGAUGUGACAUCCCCUGUGACACCUCCUAAUGUCUUGGGAAACUACAUUUGUGUAUUUUACAAUGUCUUCAGUAAAUAUUCUGUAUACAAAAAGAAAAAUGUUUUCUGCAACUGGAAGAGCUAAAGGCCACCGGCCCUCAAUGUCGGCACCUACCACCAGCCGCAGUGUCAGCACCUGCCACUGGCUUGCAAUGUCGGCACCUACUACCAGCCCGCGAGCAGUGAUCAGCUGCUGUGCGUGUCAUGGUGCGCUGCUGAGUGGUAUCAGAUGCUGGGAUAUGUUGCGUUUCCCUGCUGCUUCCUAUUACAGGCUUAAAUACCUCAGUACAGUUUCCCCAUUUCUUUGUCAUAGCUUGACCCCUCCACCCCCCCCCCCCCUUCCCCGAUAUUAAAAAUAACAGCCAAACCCGAUUUGCACAUUAAUUAUUGCUUUUUAAAUGGUCUUCGUUUAAAUGUGUGAAAUAUUUUAAUAUGGCUGACAGUAUCCCAUAACAUGUACAAAAUCUGUUGUAGCUCCUAGCAGGCUAUUGAGAGGUUAGGGCAACGGAAGGUAAUGUCCUCUGGUUCUUCUCUUCACUGUGUUUUUACGUAGGAGCUUUAGUCUAAAAGAAUCUGUACAGAUAACACAAAUUUUUUAUGCUCAGCCUUUACAGUGGACCCAUGGUCUACACACAUUCGUGGCAGCCAUUUUGUGGGCCAGUAUUCUGUACAUGGAUUCACUAGAGCCUGGCGUCAUCACUGACUCACAAACCACCUUCUCUACUCUUGAAUAUUCAGUUUACCGGGUGGCUGUAGGCCGCAGUGAUGUCGCUAAUUCCUAGUGAGCUCUCCAUUCUCCUGAAUAUAGUCUUAGCCCAUAAAACAUCCGCCGACGCCAUAUGUGGAGUGCAGGUCUACGCUAUGGAAGUGUUAGUCUGAGGGGCAGUCAUUAUUGGCUGUUGGUGUAGGCCAGAAUAGUAUACGUUCAUGCCUAUUUAAUGACCACUAUUUUACCACAAGGAGUGGAUUGUUAAUUGCAUACACUAAUGUUCAGUCACCCAAUAAUUGUUGUCUCAUAGUAUUCACUGCAUCAUGCUUAUAGAUCACGAAGGAUAGUUAAUCAUACAUGUCUGGGCCUAGAUGUGGGCUGAACAUAUAUAUAGCCACAGCUUAUUGAUCCCUUUUAGGGACAUCGCUGACCAUCAAUGUCUAUGUGCAUAUUGGCUCAGACUACAAAAUGGCCGCCGCCACGUUGUGUGCACCUGGGCACUGUAACAGGAGGCUACCAUUGGACGCAGAUAGUAUUCAAAAAUGUAUGAUGAUUUUUAAUAGGAAUAUCUUGUUGUGGUUAACGUGUGUAAUUUAGACUGACAUCACAAUGUUACCUAAUGGUAUGGUACCAUUGAAUCCGUGUGGGCCAUUAGGCUUGAUGUUGUGUGUCGAUAUGAAAAAUGUUUUUCUUCAGAUAUUAAACACAUUAAUGACCAUUUUUCUUGACAUCCGAAGUAAUGAUUCCGGGUCACUGACUUAAUAAGACCAUAUACAGCUUUUUCUUCCUUUAUUUUAUCAAAUAAAAUCUACAUUUGAUGUUUUAAGACCAGUGUCACAGAAACCGCUUCUUAAAAAAAAUAUAUAUAUAUGUGUGUUUUCUAUGGUAAGAACUUCAGAUUCUAUACUUGCCUACUUUUGGACCUCAAGGGGGAAAGGUGUUUUUUUUUUUUGGGUGUGGGGACUGUGCAAAUUGCAUGAUGAUAACCAGGCUUCCCCCGUACCCAGCAAGUAUCAGAAGGACCCCCAAGUACAGCAUAGCCAAACAACGCAACUUGCUGCAUGGGGAAUGGCGCGAUGACAUCAUUACUCCUCAUUGUUCUGUGUGCGGAAGUACCAGGCUUCUAUGAUGAAGCGUGUAGCCUGAUUGGGCUGACGCACAAUGCCGCGGGGUGUCUACGCCUUUCCAGGAGUAAUGUUAGGUCACCAUUAUCACUCUGUGCCUGCAUUUUAUAUUUUUCAGAUUAUUGUGGUAGCGAAGAAACCAAUGUGGAUGUAGCGUUUGUAGCAUUCAUUUGCGCCAACUUACAUCUACUUUGUGGGUUCAUUUUUUUAUUUUUUGUCUUUACCACUGUCGGACCCAGAUUACAUUGAUUACUAACGCUCUAUCAGAUUUGCAUCAGCAGCAUUGUAAUUAUAUACUAAUUGUAUGAAGCUUUCCACCAGUGCAUGUCGCUACUGUGUGCGCCGCUGGGGGCGGAUGUUCCUAAGGCGUGAUAUCAGACUGUACACCCACAGUUGUAGCUUACAAACCCAAGAACCAGAUAUUGUAAAUGUUACAAAUUGUUGUGUAAAUGAAAAUGUGUCGGCUUGUUAAAUAUUAAUGACAAUUUUAUAGAGAAUAAUACACAAUCUAAUACACAGUCAGCAGCAACAAAUACACUUUUGUGUUGCAAAAUUUUAAUAUGUAGCCUUUUAAUGUGUGCUUGCAUAUUUCCCAGGCGGUGUACCGUACGUCUGUCUCAUGCAUUUUAUAUACAGUGACCCAAAUAAAAAAUAAUAAUAUUAUUUUCUAA